UUAAGGAAAAAUAACAUGCAUUUUCACGUUUAUUUCCAGACUUUCCAGGUGUACAAAGCUAGUGCAUUUACUGUAAUGUAUCUGCUUAUUCCUGCCUGGGUUAUUCACUACUAUGUCAAAUACCAUGUACUGAAAAAGCCAUAUGGUAUUGUUGAAGUGAAGCCCAGAAUAUUCCCAGGUGACAGAAUUCUAGAGACAGGAGAAAUAAUCACACCAAUGGAAGAAGAGUCUACUGGUCAUCACUGAAGGUGUUAAACUCUAGCUUUGUUCCUAAACAAAUGUGUUAAAUAUUUCCAGAUAUGUAUAUAAAACAAUAAAGUUGUCUUUGAGACUCCCAUUUUCUUGUUUCCUUCUGGGUGUAUCAAAGACCAUAUCUAGAUCCAGCUAUAGUGCAGAGAAUAAAUGGCAAAUUUAGAAAGUUACACACCUAGUAACAAACUGUUCAUGACUGACUGUAUGACAUGGACUCUAGUAACAGAUUUUUAAUCCAAUUUACUAGUAGUAAUACAAUCUUUUUGUCAUAAUAGGCAACAGAUAAUCUACAUUUUAGCAAUGAAUUGUAUAUCUGUAGUCCUAUAAUUGUAUUAAUCAAACAGGAUGAUACAGAGGAG